UUUAUUUUCAGCAUUAGAUAUUGAAGAAAUAGUAAUUUUUACGUCUCACCAAUCUGCUAAAUGCCCAAUAAUUGAUUUUAUAACUUUUGAUUCAAGAAUCUACUUGCUUACUUCUAGUUCUAGUUCAGCAGUGCCAGGCCCAGUCACUCACAAUGUUGACUGGCAGUAAUCAUUGAAUCACUGACUCAAAAUAAAGACAAAGGAAAGAGCUGGAGAAAGUGAAGAGAAAAAAAAUAAUCGCGAAGUUUAGAUAGCAUCACACAAAUAUUUAAAAUAUGGAAAAUGAACUAGAUGAUAUCCCUCCUUUAGAGGACAUGUCACAUAUGUUACAGGAAAUAGACAAAAUACGACCUGAGAAGAAAAUUAUGAAAGAUUAUAUACCGGAAUCAAAAACCUUAGAAGUAACAUCAAAUCCAGUCGUAAAAACAGAAAAAGAAAGUGUCGGUAGAGACAAAACUGUUAAUACAAAGUCUAAUUCAUUUGGUGGAAUGAAGAAGGGCUUCUUAUUUAGUUCUCCUAAAGACAAAGUGACACCUGUUUCUAAAAAUAAAGACAGUAAAUGUGAAACUAUGCCUUAUAUCAAAAAGACUGAAACAAACGAUGAAUUAAGGAUCAAUGAAGUACAAGAUGCAAUGAAAGCAGGAGGAAACCUUCUCCAGAAUAAAGAUUGGGUGAAUGAUGAUUUGUUAAAAGAGAUAGAGAAAAAUGAUGUUUUGUACAGUAAACUUUCAAAUCCACAGUUUUCUGCUGCUAUAGCAGAAUUUCAACAUAAUCCAGAAGGUGCUAUGAAGAAAUAUGCUGAUAAUGCUGAAAUGCAAAAGUUUUUAAAAGAAUUCUGUGGUGUAAUGGGUAAUCACUUUUCUCAGCUGGCUGAAAAAAAUCCAUCAAAUAAAACUGAAGGGGGGAAAGGGCCUGUGUUGAUAACUCAGAAUACUGACAGUGAACCUCAUAUCAAAUCAGAAGAUGAAAACAGACUUGAAGAAAUCUUAAGUUCAGAAAAAGUCAAAGAGGUUCUCAUGGAUGAAAAAAUUCAGAAUCUAUUUCAUACCCUGAAAAACAACCCUAAAGCUGGAGAAAGAAUCCUUCAUAAUGCUGAUGGUGAUUUCAAGAGAAAGAUUAAAGUUCUAAUAGAUGCUGGAUUACUACAAAUUGAUCAGAGAUAGCACAUCAUCUCCUCUGAAUUUUUAAUAAAAAUAUUGAUUAAAAUAACGUAUU